UACCUACCAAUAAGUUGCUAAAUGAAAAUACAAAUCAUGCAGGAUGCGGUUGUGUUCAGUAGAAUCAACAUUGGUAACCACAAGACUGGAACUAGUAGUAGUUGUUUACUUUGUUUGUUCUUCAUUUGGAAGCAGCCUUGAAUAUAAUAAUGAGUGUGGAUGGACAUGUUUCCCAUUAGCACUCAGUGAUCUUUCUUUAAUUGUUUGUUAUCUAUUGUGAAGAAGCUUAGAGGACAUGAAAAGAAAAGGUCAGGGUAAAGGAAAGGUUCCUAGGGUACAGAAUGGCUGGUGUGGGGCUCACAGUUUCUGUCUUUUUCUCCUCUUUUCCUUUUCAGUUAAUUAAUAAAAAUGUCUGUAGCCAAGGCCACCACAUGUACGAUUGUUCUGGAGAUGAUGGUAAGUUAGUUAUUUGUGGGUGUAUAUAUAUAUAUAUAUAUAUAUAUAGACUAGGCAUAUCUGCCAUUACAGGAGGGCCUCUGCUAUACCCAGCUUGUAUACCUUGAACUCUACAGAAUCUUCUCUCCUCUCAUUCUGCGGAAUACCCUGACAGAAUGGAUACUUCCCAAACUCUUUCCAUUGAAAGCUUCUCAUAUAGCUGGUUAGUGAACAUAAAGCCAUCUUUUGAUACCCUAGGAGAGUCGUUUAGGGCCUCCAUCGAUGCCUAUGACGAGGCUUCCUUCAUCGAGAUGGACCCGAAAUUACCAGCCUCGAAGAGAUUCUUCAUAGGUUCCCAGGAGUUCAACUUUGAUUUUCCCAAAUCAGAGUCUCCUCGUACUCUUGUCCAUGCCGAUGAGCUCAUCUCUGAUGGCUUUCUCAUCCCUCUUUUCAUGAAGUCAUUGGAGAAUAUGGAAGGAUAUGAUGAUGUUUAUACACCAGAUUCUACUCCAACAACACCGAUCUCUGGACGUGACCAAAAGAAGGGAAAAAUUCGUCGUUCAUCUAUACGAAUGUGCCGGAUGUUAUCGAAGCGAAUUUUGGAGAAGUACUUGGAAUUUAUUAGGCCGUUGUGUCAGAAACUACGAGGCCGAAGAUUUGGCUCCAGAAUUGAAGCUGCUGGUUCAAGAAUGCAAGAAGUGGUGUAUUCACCAUCAACUUCUCCGCGUGACUCUGUUGGAUAUUGGCGAAUGCCUUGCGAUUCUGAGAGCUCAAUACGUGAGGCUGUUCUUCACUGCAAAAGAUCCAUCGGUAAGUAAAUGAGGAUAUUGAGCAUAGGAGUGAAAAAAGGAGGAUAAAAGAGGGGUGAAUGUGCAGAAACGAAAUGAGAGGUCUCAAGAAGAUCAUCAUCAGUCACCUCUUCUUCACUGUCCCUUUCUUCUCUUUUCCUGGACAAUUAUGUAUACCUGUCCUAGCUGCAGAGGAAGUAGAGGAUGUAAAGAGAGUUUAAGCACUGAAAUUGCAUCAAUUUGGGAAGAAGGAGAAGAUUUAUUUGAUUUUCCUUGAGACAAUUCUUGAAUUGCCCUCUUAUCAAGUGUAUCGUUCAAUGAAAUUAGAACUAUUAUUGUAGAUUUGAACAUCA